AACGCCGGCGCCUAGGCCUCCGCGGCGGGGCUUAGGACCCGGCGGCUCCGCCGGCGCUUCGCGACAACCGGCGGCACUUUACGGCAGUGCGACGCGGGGGCAGGGGACGGCGGCGAUGAGCUUCUACGAUGCGUUUCGGGGCUUCUUCGGGUUCCCGGGGCCGCGGAGGCCCCGGGACCCGCUCUUUGGCGGCGCGACGUGGGACGAGGACGAGGAUGAUGAGGACGGCCCUUCCCUGGCGCAGCCCCCCCCGCACUUCGGCUUCGGGCCCCGCGGUGCCUUCGGGGAGCUGUUCCGGGACGUGGGCGAGCUCCUGGGGCUGUUCGGCGGCGCCUGGGCCGGGCUCCCGCUGCCCUCCGGCGAGCAGGAGGAGCGGCUGCCCCCCCCCGAGCCUGCAAUGCCCAGCCCCGGCGAGGGGCGGCGGCUGCGGGACUCAAUGCUGAAGCACCCGGAGAGCCUGGCCCAGCCAUGGAGCCCCUUCCUGGGGCUGGACGAUGCUUCCCCGUCUUCUCCCAGCCUCAAGGCAGAUCAGGACCUGGACUCGCAGGUCUCCUCCGCAGGGCUGGGCACCAUCCUGAGACCCGGCGAGCCCAAGGCUCACUCUUACUUCCAGAGCGUCUCUGUCACCAAAGUGACUCUGCCUGAUGGGGCGGUGGAGGAGCGCCGCACCGUGCAGGACAGCCAGGGCCGCUGGGAGACAACUGUGACACGCCGGAGGGGGGACCAAGCUUUCAUCACCACCACCAAGGAGGACGGCCAGAGCAAAGACUACAGAGAGGAGGUGGUCAAUAUGGAUGACCGGGAGCUGGCGCAGUUUGCAGGCACAUGGCCGCCGGAGGACAAUCUCCACCCUCCCAACCUGAGUGACCCAUCCUCUGCGCUGGGCAGCUUCUUCCGACGCUGGUUCUCAAGCUGGUAGCUGUGCCCAGCCCGGCUGAGCACCCAGUAGAUGGAUCAGAUCCUCCUGGGAGGUGGUCUCUGGGGGCUGCCUGUCUUCUGCAGAAGGACCCCUUGGGGGGGCUGAGUGUGUGUGUGCAUAUGUGUACAGAGAAAUAAAGUCUAUUUAUGCUAA